AUGGAUGGACACAAAACAAAACGAACACGGACGAGACCUCCUCGCAAAAGGCCCGUAUCCACUGCCGGACACUCCCAACCGGCACCCGAGUCCUCGUCCUUGUCUCCCUCUCUGUCCGCCUUCUCCAGCACUGGACAACUUUUCGCGUUAGUCUCCCUUUCCGUAGACAAGCAUCGUUUACGGGUAUACGAUGCAUCAACUGGACGCUGUACAUCGGAGUACUCUGUGGAUGCCGCGCGGGUCACCGCCUUGCGGUGGGCGCACCUGAAGGAGGCCGUGGGCGGCGAAGAGCCGACCAAGAAAAAAAGGAAACAGCGGGAAAGCGCAGGGGCAUCGUCGUCUACUGCGAAUGAGGUGAUAUUACUUGGUCUCGCGAACGGUUCUGUUGUUGUAUUCUCCCCCGCCCAUGGACGCGUGCUCAGCACGCUCAGCCAUCCCGCAAGCACUUCCUCCAUCCUUUCCAUCGCAGUCUCGCAGAAACAGCACAGGAUAUGGACUUCAAGCGCAGACAACGCUCUCCGCUUAUGGGACCCCGUCAAGGGUAUCGUAAUAGGCACCUGGAAAUCAGGUGGUCACAUACCCUACUCCUGCAUAACCGUUCGGCCACCAUCAGCAGGUGAUGAUGAAGACGACGCAGACACCGAGCUACUGGCCGCGAACCAUGCUAUUCAGCUUCUCUCCCUCACUCACGAAGACGUCUCUUCGUCCAUCGAGUGCGAUGUCCUCGCCUCCGUCACGGGCCACGCAUCUCCAGUCACCUCCCUCGAACCCUCCACUACCUCACAAACCCGAUUUUUCUCCAUUGCCGAGUCGGAUCGCUUCGUGAACGUAUGGGAAAUACCGGAGGACCUCGAAUCCGAGUCCACCGUCGAAGGCAAGCUUGCCGCAUCCAUCCCGCUUGACGCCGAGGCACGACAUAUCGCCCUCUCACCACCCGCCCCCGGAUCCUCCGCCGAAAAUGUCCUCCUCGCCGUGUCCGCAUCCGGGAAAAUCACGAUCUACCCCAUUCCUGCCGAGCUCACGGACCCGGCAAUAUCGAAAAAGUCGAAGCAGAAGGUGCCGACGCUCGUCCCGCGCUCGACCAUAUCCGUUUCGCAGAAGAAGGGACAGCAGACGCCGGCACAGGUGCUCAGCGCCGUUUUCGUUCCAGGAAAACGUCAGGCGAGGGUGAUUAGGCUCGUCGGCGGCGUACGGCCAAUCUUCGAGGAUGUGGCUUACACGAACGACGCGGGCCAAUACGUCGCGGAAGUGACGAUCACACCCGACGAUACCGCUUCGGCACCAAGUCAAACAAAUACUGGCGCGCCGACGCACAGAUACGCGGAACCGUCAUCAUUGGCAGUACGCUCGGGUCUGGCGCUCGGCCAAGACGAAGCCCACGACGACCCAGCGCUCCGCGCCGCCGACGGCGCCCUCGAUACCGAUCUCGCCGAGCUUACCCUCGGCGAACGUUUAACGGCGCUCAAAGGCGCCGACGACCCCUUCGGCGCGCCCGUCGACUCGGACUCGGACGCCGAUGCCCAACCCGGGCGUACCAAGCCCCCAAAACGCGGCGGCGAGGCCGUGCCGGCGAACUCGCUCACGCGGACGCUCAUCCAGGCGCUGCACUCGUCUGACGCGCGCCUGCUCGAGACCUGCCUCGCGCACUCGGACGCGGCGCUCGUGCGGAAUACGGUACGUCGGCUGCCGCCGCAGCUCGCGGUGCCGCUCUUGGACGCGUGCAUGGAGCGCCUCGGGCGUGGCGCUCGUGCGGCGAACUCGAAGGGCGGCGGAGGGGGCGCGAGCUCGCAAAGGGGGAUGGGGCUCGUGAAGUGGGUGAAGGCGGUGCUGGCGGUGCAUAGCGGACACCUUAUGACGAUGCCGGACCUCGUGGCGCGGUUGUCGGCUCUACAUCAGACGCUCACGGCAAGGCUCGCGCUACAGGAAAGCUUGCUGUCCUUGAGCGGUCGUCUCGACAUGGUGCUGUCCCAAAUUGAGAUGAGGGCCUCGGUCGCGCCGGCGCCGUUGGCGAUGCCUAAAGGCGCCAAGGCGAACGCUCGUGCGAAGGGACCGCAGAAGGAGGUGAGGAAGUAUGUGGAGGGCGAGAGCGAAGACGAGGAGGAGAAUGAGGAUGAGAUGGAGGUCGAGGUGGAGAGCGGCGAUGACGAAGGGAGCGUGGAGGACAUUGAGUUGGGAGAGGAGGACGAGACCGACGAGGAGGAUGAAGACGAAGACGAUGAGGAUGAGGAUGAUGAAUCAGACGACGGCGAACCACGCAUUAACGGCUUCAUCGACGACGAAGCGGAGGAGUACAGCGGAGAUGAGGAUGAGGACGACGAGAGUGAAUGA